CUGCACCCACUUCACGUCAAAACAAUCCGGAAGACGACACAGCAUGAUGGAACUGUUGUUGGGGCUGAAACGAGGUCAAAGCUAACACAAAUACAAGUGGUUUUAAAGCAGUUUAAUCUAAUAAUACUGUUAAAUAUGCAAAAGUAGCGUCUGAAGCGAAGGUUAUUUAACCGCUUAAACAGUCAGUCCAGUCACACAGGCUAACCUCGCAUUUUGGAUUCAAAGUCCAUAUAGCUCUUCAACGCAUUAAAGUCUUUUAGCUAACCGCAGACUGUUCCAGGGAUACCAUGGGCAACGGAAUGAAUAAGGUUGUUGAUGGACUCUACCUUGGGAAUAUAAGAGAUUCAGAAAACAGAGAAAGUUUAUCUAAGAAUGGCAUCACACACAUCCUGUCUGUGUACAACAAUGCAAAACCGGUGUUUGAGGACAUGACAUACCUUUGCAUUCAUGCAGCUGAUGCUUCCAGCCAGAACCUACUGCAGCAUUUUAAAGAGUGCAUUAGCUUCAUCCAUGAAUGUCGCUUGAAUGGUGGAUCUUGUCUAGUUCACUGCCUUGCAGGUGUAUCAAGGAGCACUACCAUGGUGGUGGCCUACCUGAUGACUGUCACCCACUAUAGCUGGGAGGAGUGUCUGUCUGCUGUCAAAGCUGUUCGUUCCUUUGUUGGGCCAAACUAUGGCUUCCAGCAGCAGCUGCAGGAGUACCAGACUACACAAGUCUCAGAGUACAGAGUAUGGUUACGGUCAAGUUUCCGUCCCAGUCCAUUCAAUGACCAGGAGCAGGUGGGUGCCCUGCUGAGCCAGUACACAGAGCAACAGCAGAGCCAGAAGAGGGGAGGUGAUCACAGCUGGAUAACUGUCAGUGGCUACCCAUCCAUGCGAUCCAAUGCUGAUGCUGAUGGUGAUGAUGAAGGAAGCGGCUAAAACACAAGUCUGGUCAUGCCAAACUUGUGCCCAUUGCUGCCUGGAAAUAGGCAGUACCCACUAUUCUGUACUCAUUUCCAAAUCAACCCUCAGUCAUAUCUAACCUACAUGUAUUCAUACAACUCUAAAAGCAUAAGAUAAUAUUGAGCACCUUUUACUUUAUUCGCGUCUGUUUUUUAAGAAGAGAUGGAGGUUGAUUUAGAAUUGUGCUACAGACCUAUAACCACUACCAGUACCCGCCACAGUCCCUUACAACCAAAACAGGGGUAUUGGUGCUCACAGACGCCUUACUCUAAACACCUCAGCACCUUAGCCAUGAUGAGUGAUGACCUCUGUUUCUACAUGGACUCCUGCAAUGUUCAGCUCAGCAGCCUUAAUGCCAUAAUCAACUAACGGCAUCUUAAAUGAACAUUUUGCCUAUAGUUAUAUAAAUAUCUAGUCUGUUAAAUCUCAGUUAAAUCUAAAACUAAACUGAUGGUUGAUUUGAUACGUACAAGUUUGCAAAUCAGCACUGCUUUUUGUGUUUGUAGGUUUGACAGCAUGAAAUUUGUUGUUACAUUCAUCCUACCUAUAAAUAGCUGCAACAUACAUCAUAAGCAUUGUACUAGCCACCUACAAAGAUCACAAAACAAUGAGUUUAUCACUGCCUAUGUAAUUUACAGUAUUCAUGUUGACAUAGUUGGAUACUGCUCUUUCAGUAUAGUUAGCACUUUCACUUUCAUUUGGUUCAUCGUAGAGAAAAUUCCAAGUUGUGUACACACCACUUGUACCAAUAUUUGUUACAAAAUCUAGUGUCAGAAAUCCACACCAAAACAACAAAACAAAUCUUUAUAUAAACUAGUAGAAUAUUGUGAGGCUAAAAAACUGUUAUCAGUUCCCAGCAGUUAUUUCUUCUUUGCAUUCAUUGCAGGGCUGAGAGGACUGGUACUAAGUUAUCCCUCACCAGGCACACAGGAUUAAAGAAAGACAAACCUUUUUAAGUAGGUUGACACACGGAGACCGCACUGUGGACAUUACAAAUAAACCACUAUGAGUGACACCUAAAAAUACAUAGGAAACAAGGCAAAAUGUUCCUUUAAGUUUAUUAACAGCAGGUUAAAUUUGGGAAUUUGAAUUUAAAGUAUUACUACAUAUUCAGGAUGUCUGUAGUCCAAAUGUUAAAGUCUUCCUGAUUUUACCGAAGCUCUGAUGUUAUCUUUUUACUGUGUCAAAACAGAUUUUUAAAGAAUUUCUGUUUAUAGUUUUGUGGAUAAUGUUUGUUGUCCUAAUUGUGUAUUUAUGGUGUUUUGUUUUAUAAUGAAAUGCAGUGAUGGAGAAAAAAUGGAAUUGUUAAUAAAUCCACCCUAUGAAGAUAA